AUGAACGCCCUUAUUCCAAAUACUCAAUCCGUGUUUUUGAAAGGGAGACAGUUGGUGGAAGGGGUGGUGGUUGUUAACGAGGUAAUUGAUUUCGCGAACAAAUCCGGUAAUGAAUGUUUGAUCUUAAAAGUGAACUUUGAGAAAGUUUACGACUCGGUUGAUUGGGGGUUCUUAGACUACAUGUUUGGGAGCCCUACCGAAGAAAUUCAAAUAAAGAGGUGUCUUAAACAAGGUGACCCUCUUGCUCCACUUCUCUUUUUGCUCGUGGCCGAGGGUCUAGGUGGGUUAAUGAGAAAGGCGGUGGAAAUUAAUCGCUUUAGGCCGUUCAUGGUAGGGGAGGUAAGACCGAUGUCAAUUCUACAAUAUGCGGAUGAUACUUUGUGUAUCGGGGAGGCAACGAUGGAUAAUUUAUGGGCUUUGAAGGCGGUGCUUAGGGGUUUUGAGAUUGCUUCCGGAUUGAAGGUGAAUUUUUAG